AAAUCACCCUCACGCCUCCGCUCUUCUCACACGAUGGCCGACUUUGCCCCCACGUCGGUCGCUAGGAGAUUCUAUAUGAAUACCGUGGCUCGCCUCAGAAUGGACUUCUCCCGGCUUUCAUACGUUCAAUUCAUUCUCUCCCAUUCUUUUCGGUCCUUCUUUUGUUUUUCUUUUUUCUUUUUUCUUUGGGCAAUCUCUCUUUGCCGCCAUUCUUUUCCGGGUUGCUGCUGGGCCAGCUUUAUCCCGACACAGUUCCUAUCUCAUUCUUGUCUUCCUUUGAUUAGGUAGCUUUUCGACCCUAUCUGGUCUAUAGCAACACUUGUUGGAUCGUUCUUCCCGAACAAUUCACUUCAAGAUGCGUUCCUACCUGCUCAGCGGCGCGGUGGCCCUGGGCUCCGCGCUCGGUGCUUCCGCCUCCUCUUCCACCACCUCCGCCUACAGCGAUUCCGUCUCCGGCAUGGAUUUUCAGAGAUGGUGUGACUCGGACACGGGCUUCUGUUUCGGUAUUGCGCUGCCCGAGACCGUGGAGAAGAGCUUCAUCGGUCAGCUGAGUGUGCCUCUCGACAGCUCGAAGGGAUGGGGUGGUGUCAGUAUGUCCGGGUCCAUGACAGAGGCCCUCCUCAUUGCAGCCUGGCCAAACGGUGACUCCGCCGUCGGAACCCUGCGUGAGACCAGUGCCUACUCUAGCCCCGCAGUCUACAGCGGUAAUGCCAGCAUCCUCGAGAUCCCCGAGGGAACUUCGAUCAACAGCACAUUCCUCACCUACACUUUCUUGUGCGAGAACUGCAUCCUCGGCGAGCCUACCACCUUCGGUGCUUCUGAAUCCACCUACUACUUUGGCUGGGGUCUCAGUAAGACCAGCCCCACUAGCCCCUCCUCCGCUUCGUCUGCCAUGCCUUUCCACGCAGCCGGUUACGGUGGUUUCGAAGUCUAUCUGUCCAAGGCGAAGUCGUCCAGCUACGCCACCUGGGCCGCGAAGGCCGUCUCGAGCACCACGACUGCCUCCUCAUCCGCCUCGGUUACCAGCCCUUCUGCCAGCGCCUCGGCCAGUGUUGUUGCCACGGUCGCGAACACGACCUAUGACUACAUUGUUGUCGGUGGCGGUGCUGCUGGUAUCGUCGCCGCUGAGCGUCUCGCUGAGACCAAGAAGAAGGUCCUGUUGAUUGAGCGUGGUGUUGCUCCUACCACGGAGCUCGGUGCCACUGAUGCCCUCUCCUGGAACUCUUCUAUGACUCCUUUCGACAUUCCCGCUCUGGGCAGUGCCCUUACUUCCCUCGACUUGCUAGGUGACUACCUGUGCGACGACACUGCGGGCAUGGCUGGUUGUGUUUUGGGUGGCGGUACCAUCGUCAACGCCGAGUCCUUCAUCCACCCCCAGGAGGCCGAUUUUGACGACAAGUGGCCCACCGGUUGGAAGUGGAAGGACGUUCAGGCGGCCGCCAACCGUCUCUACGAGCUUAACCCUGGAAGCACUCUUCCCUCGGCGGACGGCAAGCGGUAUGACCAGGGCAUGUACACUGUCCUUUCCAACUUCUUGAAGGGUCUCGGCUGGAAGUCCGUGGACUCCCAAAAGCAGCCCAACGAGAAGCACAUGGUGUACAGUUACCCCUCUUGGGAUGUCGGCAAUGGUAUCCGUGCUGGUCCUGUGCGCUCUUACCUGCCCUUGGUCCAGGACGCUGACAACUUCAGCCUUCGCUUGAGCACCAAGGUUCGCCGUCUGGUACGCCGCAGCGCCCGCGUCACAGGUGUCGAGGUCGAGACUAGCUCUGGUGGCAUCGAGAUCAUCAACCUCAAAGCAGGCGGUAAGGUCGUCCUUGCUGCUGGUUCCAUGUCGACUCCUCGCAUUCUGUUCAACUCCGGUAUUGGCCCCACCAAGCAGAUCCAGACUGUCAAGAGUGGCAGCACGGGAAUCACCCUGCCUCCCUCCUCCGAGUGGAUCAACCUGCCUGUUGGCGAGAACCUUCGUGACCACCCUAUGUUCACCGUCACUGUCAACACCAACAGCAACUUCACCCACUUCAACACCUCCAGCGUCAUCCCUGGCCCCAGUGCCGCGGUCCAGAAGCUCUUCAGCGAGGGCUCCGGUGUCCUUACCCAGGGUGGCCACCGUCUUCAGUUCUGGACCUCCAACGUUGGAACUGAUGGUAUUACUCGUUUCUACCAGGCUUCUUGCAGCACCAGCACCGACGGUGUUAUCACCAUGAAGCUGUACUUGACCCACGGCGCCACCUCGAGCGGUGUUCUUGGCAUCGACAGCUCCGGCACCACCACCCUCGAGACCAACCCUUGGCUGACGACUGCCGCGGACAAGGAAGCCCUGACCCGCUUCUUCACGGAAUUCCUCGGCGACAUCAACAACUCCACCGCCGGCUGGUCCGUCAGUGGAAUCUCGACUGCUUCCGGUCUUCUGGACCUGGUGAGCAGCGGUGACCACUACGUCGGCACUGCGAAGAUUGGUACGGACGAUGGACGUGUCAACAACGGUACAUCGGUUGUUGAUCUCAACACCAAGGUGUACGGUACGGAGAACUUGUACGUCGUCGAUGCCAGUAUCCACCCCGAUCUGCCCACCGGUAACACCCAGGCUAUUGUCAUGAUCGCCGCGGAGGCUGCUGUAGCGCGGAUCAUCGCGCAGGGCACGGAUAGCGUUAGCGUUGCCAGCUCGUCUGUUGCGGUUUCCGCGGCUCCUACCGCUGCCGCGUAUGCUUCUGCUGCCGAGUCCUCGGUUGCGGUCAGCGUUGCGACGGCUACUGCCGAGACGACCGUCACCAGCGUUGCUGUGGAGGCCACUACCACUUCUGCCGUGGAGACUAGCUCUUCUACCAGCUCUGCCGCUGCCUCUGACGAAGACGAUGAUGAGGAUUUGCCCGACUGUGACGAUGAGGAUGAUGAGGAGACCGAUGAUGCUACUGAUGCCGAAGACACCUUCUCGGCCUCGGCCGCUGUGACCGCCCACCAGGCUGUCGCUACCAGUGCCGACUCUGGUGUCUCAACCACCACCGUCUGGGUGACCUCGACUGCCUGGACUACUACGACGGAGGCGGUGGUUACCACGACUACUUCUACCGUCACUGUCUGGCCCACCUACGCCUAGAUGGGCUGUGAAUGGGAUCUCUUCCCGACGGAAGUUGUGGAUAUAAGGUAGAUAGCCAGACUUUCCCGUUCAAUUCUCUGUAUUGUAUCU